AUUUCUUACGUUAUCUGCGUUGCAACAUUCAGGGUUAUAGGUCAAUGAGUAGUAGCAGCAUUUUUGAUCAUAAAUUGAAAUAAGAGAGGCGAAACCAAUAUGUUAACUAAAAUACAAAACGUGGCUCUUAGAUUUAGUGUUCGUUAUUACGGCAAAAUUGGAAUAAUCGGUGUACCGUUUGAAAAAGGACAGCGCAAGAAAGGUGUAGCGGACGGUCCUCAAGCGAUUAGAGCAGCCGGAUUGGUACAAGAGUUACAAUUUCUAGGUUUAGACGUGAAAGAUUAUGGCAACGUUUUAUACGAAACGAAAGAUGUGCUAGGUGUGAAUAAUAUGUCGCAUUUGGGCGAUGUUGCUGGUUGCACUAAUUGUCUAUCUGAAGAAGUACAAAAAGUUUUGAGAGAUGGUCGCCAAGUGUUAACAAUUGGAGGUGAUCACAGUGUGGGAAUUGGGACUAUAGAUGGUCAUGUGAAGGUGAAGAAAGAUGUAGGUGUAAUAUGGGUCGAUGCUCACGCCGAUCUCAAUACCAAUAAAACCAGUGAAAGUGGAAAUGUUCAUGGAAUGCCCGUAGCAUUAUUAACUUCUGAAUUAUCAGAUUAUUGGCCACAUCUUCCAGGCAUGGAUUGGCAACAACCAAUGCUGUCUAUACGAAAUGUAGCUUACAUUGGAUUGAGGUCUGUAGAUCGCUAUGAAAGAUUAGUUAUUGAAAAAUUCGGAAUUACUGCUUUCGGCAUGGAAGAUGUUGAACGAUACGGAAUUCAUGAUGUUGUUAAUAUGGCAAUAAAAAAGAUAGAUCCGAAUGAUUCAAAGUCAUUACAUGUUAGUUUUGAUAUUGACUCUCUUGAUCCUUUGGAAGCACCAAGUACAGGAACACUUGUGCGUGGAGGAUUGACCCUCAGGGAAGCUGUCCAUCUAAUGGAAGAAUUGUAUAGGACUCGCAGAUUGAAUGCAGUAGAUCUCGUAGAAGUAAAUCCUCAAAUUGGUAAUUCGCGUGAUGUAAACCUCACCGUCGAAGCUGCUCUACAUGUUAUACAAGCCAGUUUUGGCUAUACUAGGAGAGGCCUCAAGGUUCCAGAGGGAAUUACCGAUAUGCCUUUACAAACAUUUAGAUAAUAAUUUAGUUACCUUUAUUCAUAUUGUAUUCAUAAGUUCUAAAUAUAAUUACUCUACCAUGUUUUCUCUGGA